UGAAAGACAUAGAACGUUUAAUAUGGAUUGAGCUGCUCACAUCUAAUAAUUUUGCAGCAACUGUUCAAAUACCAGAUUACAAAGUUGCAAAACUAUUCGAGCAAUGCAUUUAUUUGUGUCUUUUCAUAACUAACCGGAUGUUUGCAACCUGAAAAACAGUCUUAGAAACCCCUUAUGAGACCAUAUAUUGACCUUCACAUGAUCUGAGAAGUCGACGUUAACAAUUGGUUAAUCGAACAUGUAAAUGAGUUAUCGUCAUUUCAUCAACCAAUCAAUGCCAUUGUUAUUGAAAUGCGGUUUAUUAUACAGUGGAUGCUCGCUACAUGACGGUGAAAUUUCUAGUAAGCUGUAGAGGGUCAUGGAUGAUGACUGCCAAACCCUUUUGGACGUGAUUAGCAUACUACCCAAGUAUCGAAAAGCAAGAAUAGCGUUUCACAUCCAUUUGUAGCUUCCUACGUUGACGGAAGUUUACAAGGGCAAGGACAAUCUAAAUUGAACAACAUAUCAAACUCGCAACAUGUGAUACCCAAAAGUGAAAAUGCAACCAGAUUUAUAACGGCUACAUUUGACCCAGGUGGUCAGCAAACAGAUAACCGUCAGUGUCAAGAACCUGCGGAAGCCAUGGAUGACCAAUCGUUGAUGCUGUCCAUGCAGGAACAAAACACCGGCAACAUGGACAUGCAAUCAAAAGACACUUUAGACAUUUUUGGCGACGAUGAUCUGUUUUCUGAUACCAUGGAAACGAAUGCAAAUCCGUAUGAUUCAUUGUUGAGCCAGGCAGCAGCUGAAGCAGGAGUCUUUCCAUUUUUGGAUGAAGUGGAUGAAACAAUGGAUUCUACAACUAACCAACCAGUUGAAUCACAACCAGUGGUUACCAAUCAACUGGUGAUUCCUGCAGCUCAGCCAGUUGUAAGCUUGCCUCAACCAACAGGUUCAUUGCCGCAGAAAGUCAACACAAUGCCAGUCUUCAACCAGACUUUACAGCCAAUGAUACCUAACCAGCCUAAUCAAGCUACAACGGCUGUGCUUCAGGUUACACCAUCUGGUCAGCAAAUAAUUCAACAGAUCCCUGCCAAUGCCCAGGGAGGUCAGCAAAUACUUCUUCAAGGCCUAGUGACACAGCUAGCACCAGUAAAGUCCUCACAGGGCAUAAUUGGAACUGUACAGCUUCAACAAGGCCAACAACAGCCACUUACUAGUUUUGUCUUGAAUACUGGUGGAACCAGAUUUCCAAUACAAACCGCUGUUAUGAAUCCAUCAAUGCAACAAAAACUCAAAAUUGGGAAAAGCGGACCUGUUGCUAUAAGUCCAAAACCAAGCCCAAAGGGGCCGAGGCACAUUAGCCCAAAGCCUCAACCAGGACAGAGAGUGAUUCAAAUCCUGCCGAAUCAAGCAAUGACAAGGACGGUACAGAUUGCCCCUAGAGCACAGGGGCAACCACAAACAUUCCUGAUUCGCAAUCCUAACAUGCCAGGAAACCUUCAGCUUGUCCAGGGGAUAAACACUGGCCAAGCAGUUAUAGCAAAUAGUGGUGUAGUGAGGGCACCAAACUAUCAGGUGAUACAGAGCGGAAAUCCUGCUGUUAUUCCAGGCAGGGUAACAACACAGGCCAGCAGUACAGUCACAACUACCCAGUCAAAUACCAGCCUUACUAAAUCAAGUCGAGGAAAACAAACAAAAAACAAUGCAUUAUCAAAUACUCAAACAACGCAACCAAAAUAUGUAGCUCCACUUUCUUCAUCCAGUAUAUCUUCAACUGCACUGAGCAGUGAAAUGCAGGUGAAUUCUGUGUCAAAUGCACUUACUUCAGCUCUUAAUUUUUCACAACCGAUAAAUUCUCAACCGACUAUUGUAACUGUGACUGAGAAUAAAACCACACACCCUGUUAUCACUAUAGGUGCAAGUGGAAGCAUGAUUGUUGUGAAGAAAUCAAAACCUAUAACGGUAACUGCCUCGAAUCCUGGGCCCGGCUCUCAGACUGUUGUAACAAGCAUGUCAAAUCAGAAAUCGAUAAUGGACAAUAUGCUACCACAACAUCUAUCUCAACCUUCAGUAUUCUCUAACCAACAGUCAGGUCAUUUCAUAUCACCACCUUCCUCAGACAACAGUCAGAUGAAUCUUAUGCAGUCACAACCGGUUUCAUCACUCAGUGCAACGGAUGUAGAUCUGUCGGAUACUAGAAUGCAGUUUAACAUGAACAGUAAUGCGUCAUCUUACCAAAGUAUGCAAGUACCAUCGCCUCAGCAACUGCCAGUACAAAACCUGACCAAACAACUCAACAUUCCAGCUUUUGCAAACCAAAACCUUUCACAAUCUGUACCACAAACCGUCCAAAAUAAUACAAUGACGUUUCACAAUGCAACCAGCAAUGCCACUCACAACCAGUAUACAACAUCUGUACAUCAACCAUUAGGACAACAUGAUGCACAGACAUCAAUUGGUCAGUCAGGAGUUGGUUUAAGCCAAAGCCUACUUCCUUCCCAGCAAGGCUCAACUCCAAGUAUCACAUUGACUCACAGGCAGUUGCAUGUACCAUCUGAUCAACACCACCCACCUUUUUCUAUUGGACUGCCACAACAGCAGACCACCUCAUCUCAGGCUCUUCAGGGAGCGGCUUCAGGUUUGCAGAAUCAAGUUGGUACCUCCCAGAACCAGUCGGACCCACAACAGAAGGCUAGGGAUCUUCAGGUUGUACUUCAGCACAACCCACACAUUCUGAAAGAACUCAUGCUUAAAAAUCCUGCCAUAUUUCAGAACUCAUUCAAAAACAAUCCACAGUUACAGCAGAAGUUGCAAGUAAUGUUACAGCAAAUACAACAGCAGCAAAAAUCUGGACUUGUUCACUCCCAGAAUUUAACUAGUAAUAUAGCAAAUACAAAUAUCCAAUCAGCAACUCAACAGCCACAGCAAAUUAUGCCUGGUGGUGGGUUGACUUUUAUACACAACCAGUCUAACACACCAUCCGGUAUUCAACCCAAUCUGCCAAAUAAUCAACUAAUUAGACCACCACAAGCACAUAAUAAUCAGUUAAAUACCUCGAUAAAUUUAAGUUCAACCAGCAACAUUGGUAGCAAUAUCCAGCCAAUAAACAUAACAGGACGCACACAACCGGUUAUCUCUGCUCAAGCUGCAGCCAUCAUGAAGUAUCCGCCAAAUAGAUCACAGGCUAAUAAUGUCAGAAAUGCAUCCGUUGGCAUGUCAUCAAGUAUCAACUCUGGCAGUAGUCAAAGUGGAUUACAAAGUAAUGAACCUGCCAAGACUCCUGCAGGUGUUACUAGCACCUCUUCAGCCAAUCAAACAGCCCUUAAUCUACCCGCAACGUUCCAGAUCAGCAUCAAAGCGCAGGAGCAGCUUCAGACAAUUCAAAACCACAUCAAAACGUUGACUGGAAUGCCAAACCCAACAGAGCAGCAGACACGACUUCUACAGCAGCUACAGCACAUCCAGCAAAAGAUAGUGACACAGGCACGUCAGCAGAUGUUGGCACAGCAAACAAGACCAUUGAACGUGACCAACAUUCAGCCGCAACCAUCCCAAAACAUCGUGAUAAAGUCUCACAAGAAGAUUGCGUCAAAGAAUGUGCCUACAACACCAAUGCAAAACAACUCAAAUGACUCUACUGGCAUGGAAUCAUUGAAAGUUAAACAAGAGCCAACUACUACUGGCGGUACAAAGACAAGCAAGUUAACACCGUAUCAGCAACAAAUUGUGCGGUCGUUCCAAGAGAAGCUGAAGAACAUGACUCCAGAAGAACAAGCAGCCUACAUUAAAAGCCAACAGUCAUUACUUCUCGCACUACAGCAGCAAACACAGGCUAACCAAGGCCAGACUUCAACUGGCAAUCAGCCCAUCAAGGUUGAAAGUAAAGGAACGAAACGACCAGCACAAUAUCAGCUUACACGAAGCUCACUGAUGCUCCACCAAAUAAAGCAGAAUCAAGACAACAUGAUUGCACCUGAUCUGAAGACACCAUUCAAAAGCUACAAAGACGCUGUUCAACGGCUUCUGGAUUACCAUGUGACUACAGACCACACCCCUACCAGUGAACAACUACAAGAAGUUGAUGAUUCAUUUGAAAAAGUCAGUAUUGGUAUUCUUGAGAAGAAACAAAAAAUGUACAGCAAGUACCAAAAGUUAAUUAUGCAAGACAGUAUGAAAACCAGUGAAUCAUCCGAAAUGGUGAUGCUAGGAAGAAUUCUCCUUCAAGAUGAGAAAGCUCAUUUCGAGGAAGAAAAACAAAUGCCUCAUGAUCAAUUGAUUGCAAAACUGCGAAGUUUUCCAGCAUAUAAAUUUAUUGAGAAUGAAAAGGAUAUGAAACCUGAGAAUAUAUUUAGUGAUGUUAAAUCACAUUUGAUAUCACCAUUCAAAAUUGAUGAAGGUGAUUCAGAGACACAAGAUGUGAAAGCCCAUAACGAACAGGAUAUUUGUUCAACGAGUAUAGAAACAGAAUCUGUGAGUGUACAAGGGGUUACAAACUCUGGUGCAGAAGUAGUAGAAAGUACCCCCUCUAUUGGAAUUGUGUCUCCCUCAUUAGAUCAUAGAACUAAAGACGUAUGUGAGGAACCAUUGGCGCAAAGCCCUAAAGACUGCAAUGGAUUCAUCACCAGGGAACUACCUGUUGAUGAUGAAGGACGCCAGAAAACCUUGAAGUUGAAAUUCAAAUUGCGCCGGCCUCCUAGCACUUUGCAAGACCUGCUGGAGGGCCAGGGCGGUGGUGGUGAUCAGGACUCCGAACCUGAUGUAUCCGCGCCACCAACGCCAACCUUUGAUUGCUCGUUGAACGAGCAGACGCAACAACUUGACAAUAGUUACGACGUGUUUGAGAUGCCCAUUAUUGAUAAUGAGGUAAUUAAAAAUGCUAGCGAAUCAAACCAAAAUUUAUCCCUUGUUGAAACACUGAAUGUGAGAGGUGAAUCUAUAGGUUCUGAACUUAAUGAAGAGGAGAGUGGUGAUGUUGAUGAUGUUCAGUGUUUUGAAGAUCAGGAGAAUGAAUUGGAAGAUGAAGAAGGUGACGACUCCACCGGCGGUGCCUUGAGCGAACAAAACCAGAGUGCUAUCAAUCACAUUCUUAGUUUUGGGAACCAAAAGGGAGUUGAAAUCCCAUCUUUUCAGGAUGGCCCCUCAGACAUGUAUCAAUCUAGAGAAGGUAGUGUGGUCAACGGUUUGCAGUUUGACUUUGAUGACGAUGACGAUGCCAUGCAGGACUUCGGCGAGACAGAAAAGGCCAUAACCAAACUUGAUCAAAAUCUGGACGACUUGAAUAAAACGAACAGUGGUUAUAGCUACUCAAUGAGCAAUAUGCAGGACCCUGAUUUGGAGGAAGCUGUAAACAGUAUCCUAUUUUAAAGACUGGUUAUAGCAGAUAUUUUUGUAUUUCAUGUUUGUGAUGUUACUGAUGUGUUCUGUUUUGAUACGUUAUAGUAAAAAAUCAUGAAAUUUGCAAGUUAAAUCUUGCUAACAUUUAGCAAUAUUUUACUUUAUGAAAUUAUCGAUUUGAAAUUGACUGAUAGUAAAGUGUAAUUCCCAUAUGAGUGGAAAUGGUGCUUGACGUUUAGAAUUAAGCCCCAGUCUCUGUAAUGGUAUCUGCCCCUAUUUCUUGUGGCCUAUUGCUUUUUUCUCCUUUUUAAUAAUGAUUUUGAUUAUUAAUUCUACAGGUAUGUUUUGAUCCGUAGGUGUAAUUUUACAUAUUGAAUACUUUAGAAAAGUCAUUAAUUUAUUUCAUAUACUGUACAACAUAUAAUCUGUUUGUUCAAGUACUUACACUAAUGACCUGCUUUUGCAAUAACAGUAAUGUUGAACUUCCUCACCUUGUGCUGUUAAACUCUGCAUUUAUUUAUUAGCAAGAUUCCUUUAGUUUCAUUGAAAAGACGAGGAGGGUGGCUUUAUUACUAACAGCUAACAAUAUCAUUACAUAAAUGAAAUAAAGUCUUAAGCACAGCUCUGCCUAAUUACAGCCGCAUUCUCAUGUGCGCCAAGGUAACCACACAUAAAUCCUUUAUGGUUAGUGAGCAUGUGCAAAAUGAAGCUACAUCCUGUAUAACAGCCAAUCAGAGAUGGUCAUGCUAAGUAUGUUUACAUUUUCAGCAAAUAUUUAUGAGCUAAAAAAUUUAAUCAUGUCAAUCCGUGAAUGUGCCUCUUUAAGAAGGAGUGAUUACACUUCAUCUGUAACACCUGUUAAAUUUUCAAUUAAAUUUUUGAGUUUAGCAUCCCCGACACUCAGGGAUUGUAUUACUCUCUGAUUAUGUGUAUAUAUUAUUGUAAACCAAAGCUCAGGUACUGUGUGUCUUUACUUUUAGUUUUAGGGAUACAAGUAAUAUUGAUGUAGCAAACAUUUUCAGUGCUCCUCUGUCAAGCAACUAAAAAUUUUGCAGUAUGCAUUUUUUGUUUUUGGUUAGAAAACAUUUUCUUUGUUUUCCACUCCAGUUACCUAAAUGUGUAAUUCAGUAUUUUGGUGAGGAAUAUUUUGUAUAACCUUUUUGUUACCCACUUCAACUAUUUGUAUUUUUCUUGAUGAGGGAGCAUUUUGAAUUGGUUAUAUCCUAAUUAAAAAUGUAUGUAUUUUUUUAAGAUAAUUUGUUUUGCAUUUUCAGUGCCCUCUUAAUUAAUUUGACGUGUAAAACAAAUUUAUUAAAUAUUAAGUGCCACAUUAAAAAACAACUCAUCUGUGGUGAAACUAAUGUACAAAUUGAAUGAUGCAGUAUUUUGCAAACCCUGUAUUUGUAUGGGGAAGAAAGUCAAUGAUUAAAGUCUUGAAAACUGAUA